UGAACUGCCACCUGACCUUCCGGAAUUGAAGCCCUUCGCGAUGCCGCGUGCAGAAGGAUCGCAGAUGGACGGCUUUGGCGGGGCUUUUGUGGUGGACGAAGGCUGGACGGAAUAUGAGGUGGACGAGCAUCCUGUGGCGAGGAAGGAGAGAUUGUCUAGAGGAGAGGAAGAUAGCCUGAAGAAGGACAAAAAGUCUAAGAACGGGUCUCCAAAGGCAGGGGUAGCAGGUGCUGAGGAAACAAAGAGCACCUCAAUCGAACUUCAAAAAGGCCAACGCCGCAGUUUGCUUCAACGGUUUUAUACCACGCUGACUGGUGCUGACGACGAGGAUGAAGAUGCUUCUGCGGAUUCUAGUAAGGGAAAGAACAAAGGUGCUCUGGAUGGAUCAUCUGGUUCCUCCACUAGUAAAGGUGCAGUUAUCACUGGUGAUAAAAAGCAAGUAGACCUCACGCAUUGGGGUGGGUCUCCCGUCAACUGGCUUAGCGUCCUAGAUUUCGAGGAUAUCCGCAGGCAGGCAGCAGCAGUUGACAGAUACGAAAAGGAAAAACGCAUCCAACGUUCUGUUCGCUGGAUCUGCAGGCAUUGGCGGAGAGUGAGUGCCAUGGCGACUAAUAAAGACAACGUUCCGGAGGAAUUGCGACGUCGACCACUCAUGGUAGACCGCUUAGCGGCUGAUCAGAAGAAGCUAGAGGAAAUCUUAGCUCGCAAAGGUCUGGGGAUGUCACCGAAUCCUAGUAAAUCUCCUUUGCAAAGACGUAGAAGCCUGGAAGAGUUGGUGGAGGACAUGGAAGAUUCAGGAGAGGCCAAAAUCUUAGACCUACGCUCGGAAGAAGCAGGUUUUGCGCCGAUUACAGACACACAGAAGGUUUGGCGUCGAUUGUCUUCAGAUGCUCAAAAUCUGAUGGAGCAGCUCAAAGUAGAAGAGGAUGUCGUUGGAGAUGCGGCAGCUGCGACGAAGACAGAUGAUGCUGGAGCCUCUGCGCCUUCUGAAGACGCACAAGGCGACAGCGAAAAAGACCCUUCUGCUGCUGAUAACAAGUCCUCUGUCAAGAAAACCAAAACCGUCGAAUUCGUGGGCGGAUCCGAAGGCGAGGCCUUGUUUAAGCAGCUAGCCCAACUUCAGCAGCUCGCAAAUGACGGAGUUGAGCGCAAGAAACUUGAAGAGAUCGACCCCUCUUCCGCUACUUCCAACGGUGAAACAGACAAGGAGAAGAACAACAAGACUAGGGAUAAGUACAAAAAGGGCAUCACGUCAUUGCAGGAUCGCUUAGCCUCUAAACUCGCGGAAGAGGAAAAAUUGCGGCAUGGCGUCCAAACAGACGAGGAGGAAAACGACAGUUGGGAACAACUAAACGCUGAUAUGCGCAAACUUCACGAUAUGAUGGAUGAAGUCUUAGCUCUCCAGUCUGCGGACAACUUAUACGAAUCUGUGAACGGCAAAGUAACAAAGCAAAAGGCCACUAAGAAGCGAGAAGAAAGACGAGCAUCUAGAGAACGCGACCGUCAGAAGAUCGAGGAAAGACUCCAGACUCUGGAAGCAAGACAUUUGGAUGCUGACGGUAUUGUGAAUCGUUUGAUCCAAGCUCGUUUGUCGGCCACUGGAACGUCUCUUAACACUGACUCGGGUGGUGCGAAUACGGACACUGCUGCUGCUGUUGGUGCUGGUGCAAGAGCAGCCACUGCAGAUGCUAUAGCUGCAAAAGGGUAUUCUAGUGCUGCUUCUUUACUCUCUGCGGACAUGGAGGAUAUGCAAGCAAGGUUGAGAGACUCCUCUCAAGCCAGGCGUGUCUCAGUAGCUGACAUCCUAGCUAAGGACAACGCUCGGAUCGCUGCAGAGAAGAACAAACGGGACUCAUCGGCUUCGCCAGAAGUGGUACGCGCGAAAGAUCUUCAGGACGUUCCUCUAGCUGGUCAUAGUAGAGCGUCGGUCAAAGUAGGUUUGCCUGAGACUCUACGGUCUCCAGAGUCGCCGUUUAAAAGGUCCCAGUCUAUGAAGGUUGGCGGUGUAGGGGAGAUGGAGGCGUCAUGGACUAAAGAUACUUCGGGAGGAGAUGCGACAGUGCAGGCAAAUAGAUCCACAGGGAUCAAAGAACCGCCUACAGGAGCCACAGCGACAUCAAAAGCAGGUUCGAGGGCAGGGUCUAAAGAAGCUAACGCCACCCCUCGAGCAGCCAGGAACAAGUCUGCAAGUAAGGAAGCAUCAGCUUCAUCUUCGACGGCAGCUAACAAAGCAGCUACUACUUCUGCUGCUAAGGCCCAACUUACUGCUGCCACCGCAAAGGUUGCUCAGGCAGCCAAGGUAACUUCCACCACAGCAGCGGGAGCAGCAGAUACAGCUGCGAACAAGGGGGCUCCAGCUCGACAGCAAACCCUCUAUUUCUCAGAACCAUGUGAUGAGAGUUCUUGUUCGGCACGAUCCGCCUCUGAGCUACAACAGAUGAAAGGGGGCUUGUCUUCUAUGAAGCUGGGGUCAGAGCAGAUGAAGAGUUUGUCUUCGAGGCUGCAUAAGAUGCGUGUUAGCGCUAUGUUUGAUGCGGCUGAAGAGAUCAACACUAUGGAAUAUGUGGAACCAGAAGUAGAGGUGGACUCUCAACAAUUGCACUUCAGUCGUUCGGGGAUCGACGGUCGUGAAGAUGAACGAUUACCCCAACAAAACAAGAUGAAGCAACAAAACACGAAACAACAGACUCUGUUUAGUAGUUCUUUGCGCCCGCGUGCUGCUCCGAUUUUCAAAAAUUUCGUUCCAACUUCGGAUUCAGAUGCAAACGUGUGCCCACCACAUAAAGUGCCAGCGCGUAGCGAUCCGCGUGUUUUGCAGAAAGUUGAGAAGCUAAAGCAGGCGUCUAGGCUGAAUUCCUCACGUAGUCAAACGACUUCACGUAGUAGUCAUGUGCCAGCACAAGAUGGAAGUGUAGCAAACACGAAUGUUAGUACUUUCUCUUCAACAUCAGCGGCGCCAACGAGCGCCUUGUGGGGAAGCAAUAGAGGUAUUCAGCAGAGACCUGUUCACCUUUUUACAACCCAAGGAGCAACCUCUACAGGCGUCCCUGGAGGAUUGUGGGGUGCGCCAACUGCUUCAUCUCGUUCUAACUACCUUCAAAGCAGAAGCCAAAAUCUAGUAAUCGGCCGUCUGUCCGAUGUGACCUCUGGUUCUGGUAUCAAGCCGAAGCAGAUAGCGCAGGGAAAACGACAGAUGUUUGGCCCUGGGGAAGUUAUUCAACAAAUGGUAGCAGGAGAUUUGGUCGAAGAAGAAGUAAGCAGUAGUGAAGAAACGGCGUAACCACUCGCACUUUCAGAACUUGUCUCUAUGGCUAUCAGGAAAGACAGCAAUAGGGACGCACGCAGGCAUGCCUAAUCAUGAUUGGCACUUCUCAGUGAAAACUUUUUAUCUCUGUACGAUUGAUUUUAAGAUGUACAGAGAAAUCUGAUGUAUGAGUGAACUUUUUUCCUCAGAAAGCGUUGGUUCAUUAUAGAAUCACGAAAAUUCAUAGGAGACUAAUUCUAUUGAAAAACGUUGACAAAAACAAAGCCAAAGGUUAAAGCAGGGAUCGAAAUGUACAAGCAUUGUAAGAAAAAUGUAAAUCUACACUUGGCUCUAUCGACGAAGAUACAUGCAAUGUUAAUGAAAGUCUAGUUAAUGAAUUCAAACGAAACUAGUAGAACGCAGACCAAAAUCACAAUGUUACACUUCGGAAACAUCUUACUACAGCAAACAGUUACGACAAAUUCAAAUAUUGGACCUCUACUAGGUUGAGCAAAUUCUUGGACCCCUUCUCUAUCACUAAGUAUGGACGAAUCAUCACAUCACCCUUCGACAUCAAAAUUCGGAUCUAGAAGAACUAGAAGUAGAUCUCAGAAUCGGAAUAAACAUGUCAGGAACAACUAAGUACUUCUGCAAAUGAAUGGAAUCAGCAACGUAAGCAACACGAAUCUACAGAUGUACAAUAUCUCUUUGGGAAUGGAA